AUGAGCGGCGCGACGACAGAUUUCAAGCUGAGCGCGGUCCUGAGCGGUCACAAGAGCGAUGUUCGCGCCGUCCUCCUUCCUGAUCCCUCCUUUGCCGUGACGGCAUCUCGCGACGGCUCAACCAGAGUCUGGAAACGAACAUCCACUUCCCCACCGAUCUACGAAGAUACGGAAUCAUCCCAUGGCGCACAAUUCAAGACCUGUCUUGCUUAUAUUCCUCCUUCAAAAGAAUAUGAGGACGGCCUCGUUCUCUCGUCUGGCCAGGAUGCGCUCAUUGAGGCUCGACAACCAUCGUCAACAACGGACAUGAACGCAGACGCUUUCAUGGUGGGCCACAGCAACCAAGUUUGCUCGAUAGACGUGUGUGCACCGGCAAACUACUUUGUGAGUGGCAGCUGGGAUGCUACGGCAAAAGUUUGGGAGAUCGGCAGAUGGGAAGUUGCUUUCGACCUGCCAAAUCACACAGCCACGGUUUGGGCGGUACUUGCUUUCAGCAGGGACACAGUCGUCACUGGCUGUGCCGACCGUGCGAUCCGAGUCUUUGACGUCCGGGGCAAGAUGGUGAAUUCUUGGGACGGUCAGGACAUUGUUCGCGCUCUUGCGAAGCUGCCUGAAGGUCAUUACACCGGUGCUGAAAUUGCUGCCGCAACAAAUGACGGCAUCAUCCGUCUAUGGACUCUGAAGGGCGAGCUUAUUGCCUCCUUAGUUGGCCAUGAAUCCUUCAUAUACUCCCUGGCUGUCCUUCCUUCGGGCCAAAUUGUCAGUUCUGGAGAAGAUCGAUCUGUCCGCAUUUGGGAGGGGCAGAAUUGCGUCCAGGUCAUUACGUUACCAGCCAUCUCCAUCUGGUCUGUGUCUACUUCUCCAAGUGGCGAUAUCAUUGUUGGUUCAAGCGACAAAAUGGCCCGCAUAUUCACACGCGACCAAGACAGAGUGGCCGAUGCCGAGACGCUCGCAGCUUUCGAAGAGUCAGUCCAAGCAUCCAGCAUUCCCCAGCAAACUGUGGGGCAAAUCAAUAUGACAGAUCUCCCUGGGCCUGACUUCCUCAAACGAAAGGUCGGCACCAAAGAAGGCCAGAAUCAGAUCAUCAAGGAAGACGAUGGAAGUGCCUGUCUGUAUCAGUGGUCAAUGUCUCAGCAGCAAUGGAUCAAGAUCGGACAGGUCGUGGAUUCAACUGCCUCGAGUGGGAAGACGGCGUACAAUGGAAAAGAAUACGACUAUGUGUUCGACAUUGACAUUGAGGACGGUAAACCUCCACUCAAGCUGCCAUACAACGUCACACAAAAUCCUUACGAUGCAGCCACAAAAUUCCUGCAAGACCACGAACUUCCCAUGUCCUAUCUUGAAGAAACAGCCAAUUUCAUCAUCAAGAACACCCAAGGUGCCACUAUUGGACAGUCAGCGCCAGUGGGAGCUGAUCCGUGGGGUACCGAGAAUCGAUACAGACCUGGCGAUGCCACAUCCUCGUCAUAUCAACCACCAGCACCAUCCCCGCCUGUUAAGCGGACACUACCCCAGAAGGAGUACCUUCCUGUCGUGAUUGGGAAGCCCUCGGCGGCCAUGGGGCAAAUCUCCAAGAAAAACACCGAAUACGCUGGCAGCGAAAUGGCCCUUCAGUCCGAGGAACUUCAAGCACUAACAGAUGUCGCCCAACAGCUCGAGAAGUACAACUUCUCAGGCCGUCCAUCAUUAUCUAGCUCCCCCUCCCUCAAAUUCUCCAUUGCGGCGCUGACGAAGAUAGCCACGCAAUGGCAACCGCCAUCUAACCGACUCGCUGGUCUGGAUCUUCUCCGCUUUAUUGCAGCAGCAGCAAAAGAAUUUCCGACCGAAGAUGUCGAUGGCUUGGACGUGGUCGCGGGUAUCCUCGGGAGUGGUAUCUUCGAUGACUCCUUUGUUCGCACAAACAACAAAUUGGGUAUGAUUGCCAUGCGUUUCUUUUCCAAUCUGCUGUACGGAUCGCCUGCGGGAAGGGAACUUGUGAAAGAAAACGUCGACAACAUCAUUGAGAGCCUCAAACCACUCACACCGUUCGCCUCUUCCGAUGUUUCUGUGGCAAUAGCUCUUACAACGCUGUAUCUCAACAUUGCCGUCCUCAUUACCACUGCCACAACUGCCAGCGACGCCGACAACAAUGCGAACCACGCGCUCGACCUAUUGGGUGAACUUUCCAAACUUCUCUCUUCUUUCCCCGCGGUAAAUCACUCUGCCGCAUCCGGCAACCCUGCUUCGCAAUCCACGGAACCGGCGUAUCGCUCACUGGUGGCUCUGGGGACCAUUCUGGUCGGAAUUCCGCGCGCAGAGGUCAAGUCUGCGGCGAAGGAGAUUUUCGAGGUCCCUGUGGCGUUGAGGAAGUUGAAGGAGGGCAAGUAUUUGGACGAACCAAGGUUCAAAACUGUUGUUGGAGAGAUUGAGGGCGCCUUGAGAUGA